AUCUGUUAAAUAAACAGACACUCAAAACAAUAGAAUUUUUAAGAAUAACAUCUGGGAAGGGACUUACCUUGUAUUGAUAAAUUCUGGAAUAGGAGACGCAUGAAAAUUUUCUCACAGAGAGCUGGCAAAGGUGCUGUGUGCAUAGUAAACUGGCAACAAAAAACCGUAAAACAUGGGUUUAAAGGAAGAUCUCCAACGCAUUGGCGAAGGUGAGAAACAAAUGAGAGAGAUAUAUCAGAAGUUGGUGCAAGCAAUUUCACGGUGCGAAGAAAACAAGGCAAGGCUUGGGAGCAAGGACUUUUACGACAAAAUGGGUGAUUUCUUUUAUUCGGGAAAUAAAGACAGACUAAAGGCGUUCGAAAAAUCCAUCGGAGAGUUAAUUGAUUUAUUUAAACAAUCAAAAGAUUUCGCAAAUGAAAAUCAAACAACUCUAGGCUGCGUCAAAAACCUGGUCAUGACAUUUGAAGAAUUGAGUCACAUGUUUAGUGAAAUGAUUCCAAACAUCGAACUGCGAAUAGCAAUGCCUGACCUUUUCGAAAAAUCAAGCACUCCUCCGUUGGUGUUUAUGAUCGGAACUUUUGUGGGAAUUAUAGGCGCAGCCAUUUUAGUCAUAACUGGAGUUUUAACCGGUCUGGGUGCAAUCGCUGCAUUUGCGAUAUUAGAAGGCAUUCUGAUGAUCAUAACAGGUAUAAUGCGAGGUUAUGAACGAAAAAAAGGCUUCGAAGAUGGAAAAGAAGCAUACGACAAAAACAAGAAAAAGAUGUACGACGAGUUAUACACACCGUUGAAAGAAUUAUCCCGACAGUUAAAUCAGUGGUUUAGCGCUGUCGCGACCGAGUUAAAAGGGGCUGGAUUGGAGGACAUUAACGUUGACGAUAAACCAGCGUUAGUUCAUGUUCUUCAACAAUAUGCUGAGAAAGUAAGAGAUUUUAAGAAUUCUUACACUUUUGUUGUCCGUCUUGUAAAAAACGCGCAUAUGGAUAUCAAUGAAGCAAUGGAUAACUUGGAAAUUAAAGCCGAAAAUCGAAAAUGCUUGAAGUUAUGGUAUUACUACGUUGAAUGCAAGGAAAAGAUCGACGAUAUUGCAAAGUCUGUCGGAUUAACGGAAAAAGAAAAGUGUGAGUAUACCGUCUUACUGAUGCUUAAAGAUGGCAAAUCGUCAGCAGCUAUUGCCAAAGCAACAGGAAUCGCCGAAAAAAUAAUCGAGGAGAAGCGAAUAAAAAUUCAAAGUAUAUCAGAAGGCGGAUAAAUCAUUUUUAAGGGAACUAAAGUGUUAUUGUGCAACCUUGAUGCCUUUAUGAGCUUACUUUUAUAUCCUACUGCAUUUUUCACUAACCUUGCUUAAUUUAUAUAUGGGCAUGAAAUCUUGUUUCGCUGAAAAAAAGAUUUUUGUAUUAUCGCGGCAACAAUUCCUGAUAUGUAUCUUUGUCUUCCUAUAAACGACACAACAUUGUCAUAAUUUUGUUCUGUAAAAACCAUUGUGGUCCAAGAGUUUCUUUGAAAAUAGUAUGAAAUUAUGUAAACAACAGCAAUAUAUUCUAACAACAUACUUUGUGUGUCUCCGCUCUUUCCCAUUUUAUUGGACCUCUUAGGUCUUUUAAAGUAGUUUGCACAAGAAAUUAAUAAAUAGAAGUAGUUGGGGUCUCUUCGUGAGAAUCGAGGCAGCUAGGAACGAAUUCUAUUCCCUAAAGAGCCCAUUGUAUUAAACACUCAAGAUUAAUUAAAAUUAACGUGUUUCAAGCGUGUGGUGGUUGGGACCAGUAAUUAUAGAAAAUACUUUCAUUCAUACAUCUAAAUAAGUUAUGAACCUCCAAGCAACGUGAUUCUUUAUUUGUGUCCUGUCCUUUUGUAGUUGUUGUCUUUUCUCAUUUAGGAUUCGAUUUCUACUUGCUUUUACAAUAUUAUUUUGCUAUAUUUUAAAACGAUGUUUGUUUUUCGUUUCUUUGUUUGUUAUCCAAUCAAUUGUUAUUUUUUAUUUCUUUCAUUUUUAACAGAGGAAUGUAACCAGCUAUUCAUUUUGUAGCUACCUUUUUAUACUUUCGUCUUUCCCAACAUGGUCUUCAUGUUUAGGAUUAAAAAUGUUCUCAAAAUACUUAGGUUUAAUUAUAAUAAAAAUAGUUUGUAUUGUG